UCUCUGCGCGCCGUAGCAGAACGCUUCACAACAACAGCCGCCUGCAGUCAGCUACAUACUGUGGCGUUGAGCUUUGCCAGUUUACGCCAUUACAAUGGAGAACAUCUAAAGACAUUAACAUUAACUAACAGACAUUACUUCUUUCUUCAGGGGUCGCGUUUCUGAGCGGUUCGGUCGUGUGCACGUGUUUGUCAGCCAUGCAGCUUCACCUGCCAUGAGGUGACAUGGAUAAACGGAAGAGUUUGGGUGAGGAGGAAAGCUCUCAGGAGCGAGGAGUGCUGCACACAUGGAGAGGUUACUCCUACAGUGUCACUCCGGAGAAAGUGCUCCUCUCUCGCCCCGUGCUUCAGGCUGCCUUUGGAUCUAAACACGGAGUUCUUCUGUUAGAUGGUGGGCAGGUAUACAGUUUUGGAGAGUUACCAUGGAAACAGAACCUGUCAUCUCUGAAAACAACGGACCCCAUUUUGGAGGUGGGGCUGAGCGAAAAGUGUGUGGUUUCCGUGGCAGCAGGGGCGUUACACAACGGGGCGGUGAUGGAGGACGGAGCCGUGCACAUGUGGGGGGACAAUACGUAUGGUCAGUGCGGCCUGUCAGGACUCUCGGUUGUCCCUAAUCCCACUCCUGUGAGCGUGGUGGCCUGUGAGAUCGGACCUCCUCGGCCGGUGAGGAUUGCAGAGUUGGCGUGUGGUGAACAGCACACGCUGGCACUUUCGGUUCAGCACGAGGUGUGGUCAUGGGGCAGUGGCUGCCAGUUGGGGUUGCACACCUCAUCUUUUCCCGUCUGGAAGCCGCAGAAGGUGGAACACCUAGCAGGGAGGCACGUACUGCAGGUGGCGUGUGGAGCCUCGCACAGCCUUGCGCUGGUAUGCUGCCCACCUCCUCCUCAAGAUCCCAAAAGACCUCCUGAAGACAAAUGCGGCCAGUGCAAUCAAUCACUUUACACCAUGACUGACAAGGAGGAUCAUGUCAUCAUCUCAGACAGCCACUACUGCCCCCUUGGGGUGGAACUUGACGAAGACGAUAACAAAUCUGCCUCGGAGUUCGGCCUCGUUCACGGGCCCCCUAGUUCAAGGAGCAAGAUAAAAAGCUCUCCGUCUGAACCGCUUUUAAUGAUGCACACCUCCAUGUUCGGCCUCGUCCAUGCACCUACUCCCGUUCCUGAAUCUCAGACUCAUGAUCAAACUGAAGUGCUUGUUCAGUCUGAAUCUAAAGACCUGAAGCAGCCUCAAGACCCAGUGACUAACGGUGAAGCGUUUGAAGCAGCCAUAGAGCCGAGCACUCAUGAGACGGGGAACUCGAAGAGUGCCCUAGGGUUGUUCGGGGCAGGCUUCAAAUCUUCUCAAUACCCAGACGAGCAGGCACUUAAAGAUUACCUGAAGAGGCUUUCUGACCUGACGCUGGCUGAACAGACGACUAAGAGCCCGAGUACAGCUCCGUGUGCACAGCCUGUCACUGAGCCAGCUGUUGUUUUCACCUUGGACUCCUCAACCCCCGUUGCACAAUCUGUCACCCCCAUGGGCUCUGCGCUAAACAACCUGGUGGUCUCGUAUGCGUCGGCCGUAGGGGAGAGAGUCGCGUCCACAUAUGAGGCCCUCUCUCUGAGGAAGGUGAUCAAUUACUGGGGUCCAGGUGAGAAGAGAGUGCGUCAGGAGGAGCAUAAACAAGGCAAGAAAAGCUCGAGUUUGGGGGACAUUCGUGAAGAAGAGGCAGAGGGGUUGAGUCGGCGCCUCUCACUCCCUGGCUUACUCUCACAGGGUAUAUGCGCUCUCCAUAUCUUAUACCUCCACAUGCUGUCCCCACGUCUCUUACGGAGGGUGAGUCGGCCGCGUGACUGCACCGUCGCCCUCAGUCAAGCUGGCGUGACCGAAUCAGAUGCCCGCUUGCCCACUCUGCAGACGGAGGUGUGGAGCUGGGGGGAGGGGCAGGAGGGGCAACUCGGACACGGAGACGUCCUGCCCAGACUGCAGCCAUUGUGUAUUAAGAGUCUGAGUGGUAAAGAGGUGGUGAGAGUGGCUGCAGGGGCCCUUCACUCACUUGCCCUCACUGCCCAAUCACAGGUGUACUCCUGGGGCAGUAACAGCUUUGGUCAACUGGGACACAUGGAAUCUCCUAGCACUGUGCCACGUUUAGCCAAGCUGUCAGAGGGGAUUCGCGCGUGGGACGUGGCGGCAGGACAGCAGCACACUCUCCUGCUGGCUGACGGUGACUGCCUUCAGCCGAUCCUGUACUACAGCGGUCAGCAGGUGAAGGAGGGAUCCUGUGAGGAGGCCCAGGAGGAGGAGAGCGGAGGUUACACACAGCAGGCCGUACUGCUGCCCUUCUGCAUGAACCUGGGCUACGUGAGCAGUGUGAGUGCAGGUGGACAGAUGUGUGGAGUGAUAUCAGACCGUAAUAUGGUGGGUUUAACCUCCAGUCUGCACGAGCUGGCAGCAGCUGAGAGAAAGUACUACUGCAAACUGACGAACAUCAAGAGCCUGCUUGUGCAGCCAUUGCUUAAACUAGAAACUUUAAGCUCUGCGCUUGGCCCCACCUGCACUGGAAUCCUCCAGAAUCUGAUUAGUCGAUUCAGCCGCCUGUCUCAGUUGAUGGGUCAGAACUCCUCAGCCUUGACCUCCUUCUUGCGGCGCUCACAUGAUCUCCGAGGCCUGGUUCUCCUUGACAACGUACAUCUGUUCCUGGACACAUAUUCUGAGUUCUGUGCUGCAGUAGGAAACAUGCUGGUCAUGGGCGGCUUUCAGGCUCUUGUUAAACCUUGCCAGGACGUGUUCGGGAAGGGCGCAGAGACGGUGCAGAAACUGUCUGAGUGUUCAGAAGAUGGUGCGAUGCUGGCCGACAUUCUGGCUCAUCUCUUCUACCUUCCCAUCCGCCAUCUCCACGUCUACAGCCACUUGCUGCUCAAACUGGCAUCCUGCUACGAUCCGAGCUGUGCGGACUAUCAGAAGCUGCAGGAGGCCUGCUCCAAGUACGAGGCCAUGGCACUUCAUCUUAAGAGGAAGAGGAAGGAGGCUGAGUACACGCUGCACUUCUGGAGGAACUUUCCUGGAAAGAUGACAGACUCUCUGCGGAAACCGUCUCGCCGCUUGGUGUGUGAGAGCAGCAACAAAGCCCUGACCCUGCAGAACGCCGGACGCUUCUCCGUCAACUGGUUCAUCCUCUUUAACGACGCCCUCGUCCACGCUCAGUUCUCCACUCAUCACGUCUUCCCGUUGGCCACGCUGUGGGUGGAGCCGAUGUCGGACGAGAACGCAGGCCUGUACGGCUUGAAGUUGACGUCACCGGAGGAAAGCUUCACACUGCUGGCUGCUUCGCCAUCCGAAAAGGCAAAGUGGUUACGUGCCAUAAAUCAGGCGGUGAUGCAGGCGCUGAGUGGGGCAGGGCUACAUACGGCUCCGCCUACCUCCGGGGCGGGAUUAAGAGCAGACCCGCCCAUUUCCCGAACCGCCUCCUACACCUUUUAUAAGGACAGCAGGUUGAAGGACGCAUUGUAUGAGGGCCGCUGGGUGGCUGGAAAACCCCACGGGAGGGGUGUGUUGAAAUGGCCGGACGGAAGGAUGUACACCGGGGAAUUUAAGAACGGACUCGAGGAUGGAUUCGGAGAGUUUAUUGUUCCUAACAAGAACCUUAAUAAGAGCGAUCAUUACCAGGGACACUGGAAGGAUGGCAAGAUGCACGGAUUCGGGAUCUUCAGGUGCGGAGUGCAGUGCAAUUCAACAGACAGUGAAAAAGCGGCGAUAUUAGUAAGGAAUAAAACACGUGCUGGUGUGUUGUUGGAGAAAAUGAAUCAACAGCAGCAGCGUGGGGUGACGAAAAGUUCAAAGUAUGCUACAGGAGAAGUGUACGAGGGCUCGUUUCAGGACAACAUGCGUCACGGCCACGGCAUGCUGCGAAGCGGCAAGCUGAACUCCACCUCUCCCAGCGUCUUCAUCGGCCAAUGGCUGAACGACAAAAAAACCGGCUACGGCGUGUUUGAUGACAUCACAAGAGGAGAGAAGUACAUGGGUGUAUGGCAGGAUGAUCAGAAGCAGGGGAACGGCGUCAUCGUCACACAGUUUGGGCUCUACCACGAGGGUGUUUUCAGCAACAAUAAAAUGAUGGGGACCGGGGUUUUACUUUCAGAAGACGACACCAUGUUUGAGGGGGAUUUCUCAGAAGACUGGACUCUUAACGGAAAGGGUACUCUGACGAUGCCUAACGGGGACUACAUUGAGGGUUCCAUCAGUGGGGUCUGGGGAACCGGCCUGAAGAUCUCGGGGUCCUACUACAAACCCAACCUGUAUGACUCAGACAAGGACAAGAGCCAAGCGCUUAAACUGGGUCGCUUCUCCGUGCACCCUGAGGAGAAGUGGAAGGCAGUGUUUGUGGAGUGCUGGAGCCAGCUGGGAUGUGACACUCAGGGACAGGGAGAGACCAGGACGGCCUGGGACAACAUCGCUAUAGCGCUGACCACUAACAGGAGACAGCACAGAGACAGUCCUGAGCUGCUGAGCCGUUCCCAUAAUAAAACCCUGGAAAGCCUGGAGUUCAUCCCUCAGCAUGACGGACCUGUAACGCUGGAGAAAUACGACACCAUCCGACGUUACCUCAUCAAGGCUUGUGACACUCCGCUGCACCCACUGGGCCACUUGGUGGAGAAGCUGGUGGCUGUGUACAGGAUGACGUACGUUGGCGUCGGAGCAAACCGCAGGCUGCUACAGCAGGCCGUCAACGAGAUUAAAUCCUACCUCAGCCGCAUCUUUCAGAUUGUCAGGUUUCUGUUUCCUGACCUUCCAGAGGAGGGCGGCUUGCUGGUUGAGGCUCCAAACGAAAAGAAGGAAUCAAAGUCGUCUAGCAGCGAACUGGAGUCUCCAAAGCCGGGACGUGUGGUCAGCAGCUCGGCCCUGCUCCUGCCCGUCUUGCUGCCGCGUCUCUACCCGCCUCUCUUCACGCUCUACGCUCUGGACAAGGAGAAAGAAGACGACGUGUACUGGGACUGUGUGUUACGUCUAAACAAGCAGCCCGAUCUCGCUCUGCUCGCGUUUCUCGGAGUGCAACAGAAAUUCUGGCCUGUGAGCAUCACAGCACUGGGGGAAAAGCAACAGGUCUUACCCAGCACUAAAGAUGCUUGUUUUGCUUCAGCGGUGGAGACACUACAGCAAAUCAGCACAACCUUCACUCCCUCAGACAAGCUGCAGGUGAUCCAGCUGACGUUUGAGGAGAUAACCAAGGAUGUGAUUACUUUACUCAAACAGGACUUCCUGUGGUCCAUGGACGAUCUGUUUCCUGUUUUUCUCUACGUGGUGCUGCGUGCACGUAUAAGGAACUUGGGGUCAGAGGUCAGUCUGAUAGAGGACCUCAUGGACCCGUGCGUGCAGCACGGAGAGCACGGUAUCAUGUUCACUACAUUAAAGGCAUGUUAUUAUCAAAUUCAGCAUGAGAAGAUCACAUAAGAAGCACAACCCAGACGACAGACGGACGGACGCACCGGCUGCACGCUAUCAUGACGGACGAGUGACGGGCGGCGCCAGAAUCACGUGCAACUGCCUGACAGGGGAAAACACUUCCUGAACAUUCCUGUGGCUUUUUUUUUUUUUUUUGUAAUAUCUCUCUUCUAGUGUGAUUUAUCUAUUCGAGUUCAACCAUGGAUUUUUCUCUAGAUUAAUUUUCUCUUUAAAUUAGUGAAUGUUUUGAUUUCGAUCGUUUUUUUCCCCCCAUGAAUGUGAAAAUCCGUGGAUUUUUCUUACAUAUACUGUAGGACAUGUGAUGCUGCGAUAGGGUGCCAUUAUUUUUAUUCUUCAGUUCAACAGUUUAACACAUCCUGUGUCUUAGAUAACACUGUACGACGGUUGGCACCGUUUGCACGAUGGAGCGAUUGGAUGAUGUUGGUGGUCACGUGCUUCUUCAACAGCCAAUCGCACGCAUGGAAUUUUCACAUGCUGGAUUCCACUGAUUUAUUAUUUUAUUUAAUCAUAUGCAAAAUUUGCUGUUUUUUUUCUUGUUGAACAUUAUUUAAUCCACUAUUUUGCAGAGACUUGAAGUGUUGCCAGUUUGUUUGUUUGUUUGUUUGUUUGGUUCUCCUACUACAGCACAUUUUAGAAAUUCUUUUUUUUUUUAAACAAUCUUUACUAUAAACGUAUUACUAGACGUUUAAUUCUCUCAAAGAAGAACUUCUACUUAUCUGUGAUUUCUUUUUGUUCCUUGUGUGACAAUCGUGUGUGUGUGUGUGUGUGUGUGCGUGAGAUAGGGAGAGAGUGUGUUGCGUACAGCAAUACUUUUUACAGUAUUCUGAACCGGAACGUGACGGUUUUUUUAGAGCCAAGGUUUUAUUUAUUAAGAUAAAGAUGUCCAGUUGCGGUGAGAAUCUGUCUAGCGUCUGUGUCUGAUCUAAUGUGCUGAUAUACUGACACUUGUCUUACUGAAGUAAAGAAAUGACCCCUGAAUCUUGUAUACCGUUGAAGCAAAGUUUGCUCAGAGGUGAGGUUUCAGACAGACAGAAAAAGAUCCUGACAGAAUCGAACCUUCGCUGUGUAAAUGUUGUCUUAACAAGACGUUGUGACGGUUCGUCCGGUCGGUGAUUUCUGGCCAGAAGUGUCUUUGUGUCAACAGCAGGCAAUAAAGUGGCUGAUGGAAUGUU